UCCCAAUAAAUGUUGACCAAAAAGCCGCAAACUGUGGAAUCGCCUUUGAAUCUCAUCGACUAUCAUCUCUUCUCCUCUCUGCUAUCCAAUUUCGAGCUGAAUCCAUCUUUUGUGAUAUAGGUUCAAUAUAACUUCUGGUAUGGGGAAUUCAGAAUCAGCAUUUGAUGAUCCUCAUCAUGAUUUUCUGCAUCAAACCCCUUCUUAUGCAGGAACUUAAAUGGAUCCUGACUAUCGACAUAGGCGGCAAUUGCCUUACAUAGCCGAUAAUUUCAACUCUUUGGAUCAGGUUACUGAUGCAUUGAGAGAAUCUGGCCUUGAAUCAUCAAACUUAAUUCUUGGUAUCGACUUCACAAAAAGCAAUGAGUGGACAGGCAGGCAUUCAUUCCAUAGGAAAAGCCUUCAUGCAAUUGGUAACACACCUAACCCAUAUGAACAAGCAAUCUCUAUAAUUGGCCGAACUCUGUCUCCUUUUGAUGAAGACAACUUAAUACCUUGCUUCGGAUUUGGUGAUGCAUCAACACACGAUAAGUAUGUUUUCAGCUUUUACCCUGAUCACCGAUAUUGUCGUGGUUUCGAGGAGGUUCUGGCACGAUAUAAAGAGAUUGUUCCGUACUUGAAGUUGUCAGGUCCAACUUCCUUUGCCCCGAUAAUCGAUGCAGCUAUUGACAUUGUGGAGGGAAGCAACAGGCAAUAUCAUGUUCUUGUCAUUAUUGCAGAUGGGCAGGUUUCCGGAAGUCUUGAUGGAUCAUCUGGAAGGUUUAGUCCACAAGAACAAGCAACUGUAAAUUCUAUAGUUGCGGCUAGCCGAUAUCCUCUCUCGAUUAUUUUGGUCGGUGUGGGAGAUGGACCGUGGGAUGCAAUGAAAUUAUUUGAUGAUAACAUUCCUCAACGCUCAUUUGACAACUUCCAGUUUGUCAACUUCUCAAAGAUCAUGUCUGAGAACAUGGAAGCAUCAAAGAAGGAAACAGCCUUUGCACUUUCGGCCCUAAUGGAAAUCCCAUUUCAGUACAGAGCCACCCUGAGGCUGCAGCCAAUCGAUAAUAAUUUAGUGGGUGGUCCACGUACAAGGCUGCUUCCACCUCCAAAAGAAGUGUUGGAUCAUGAUAGGGAGGCAUUGCAGCACAUGAUGGCCACCACCCCAUCCGUGGAGAAAACAGCCCCAGAGGACCAGGUCUGCCCCAUAUGCUUGACAAAUCCGAAGAAUAUGGCUUUUGGAUGCGGUCAUUUGACUUGCAAGGAGUGUGGUGAGUCGAUAUCACUGUGCCCAUUGUGCCGGGAGCCCAUAAACACUCGUCUCAAGCUGUACUCAUAAAAGAGCAGCAGAAUCAGUGCCACAACGUCAUGCACAUAUCGCUUUGUGUGUAAGUUGCGGUGGUAAGAAUAAAAAUAGCACAAGGGGGCUCGGAAUAUUUGUGCCUGCAAAAUGACCAACCUUGUGAUAAAAAGUGUAUUUGUCAGUAAGCUUUGUUUGUAAAGUUGUUAUUUUAUAUACUUUUAAUGGCAGAAAACAAACUUUUUCAUGUGUAU